AUGAAUUAUCAACAUAAAGAUGAAUCCAAUAGGAUUCAUAAUGUUGUCAGUGAAGAACAACCAACUAGGAUUGUAUCUUCCAAUCCCAACAGUAUUAGUAAAGCACCAUUGGUUCACUAUGGUGAGAAAGAAGGGGAGUUCUAUGAGAAGAAACAUAUGACUGGCAAUGCCAUAGAGGAUGAAUACUAUGAGGAUGAUAAUCUUCCAAGUGGUAGUGGUCUACACAACCAGAGCCAUGUCAACAACGAUACUACAAAGCCAACUCUCAGAGAGGAGUAUAUAGAUAACAUCCGAGAGGACAGAGCACGUGAGAAUGAGAUACUACGUCAAGAAAUCAUAAAGAAAAGGGAGCAGGAUCUCGAGGAGAGAUACCAGAGAGCCAGAGCAACCGGAUUGACACCUGAUCAUACUAAAAGAAGAGACCUACAACAACAACCAAUUGAUGCCAAACAGCAGCCCAUGAAGGCCAAAGAUGUAUCUUUAUAUGGACUCCAAGCCAUGAUCAUCAAAGAGAACAAUCCAAAUGUAUCUGAUGAAGUCAUUCUCCAGAGAAUUAGUAAAUGGCAAACGGAAGCAAGAACCUAUCUUUCUGAAGGUCAAAACCAAAUGGCAAAAGAAUUAGAAGAGAUUCUUGUAAUUGAAACUUAUUUUAAUAGAAAAGAAUUGGCAUUGUUAUAUCGUGAAUUUACCACUUUUUCAAAAGGUUCACUUUACAUGUCAAAACUUCAAUUUCAGUCUUUCAUAACAAUUUUUCAAGAAAGUAAUGCUUUGACUGAUUCUUUAUUAAGUGCAAUAGAUGAAAAUGGAGAUGGUGAUAUUGCUUUCCCAGAGUAUGUUUAUGCCUUGUCUGUAAUGUCAAGAGGCUCUGUUAAAGAAAGAUUAACAUUAUAUUAA